AUGUCGGCAAAACACUUUAAUGACGUUCUUACGGAAGAAGACGCUCCUACGCGUCAAGAAAAUUUGCCAGACCAAGCAUCGAUGUCCACGGAACUUGAGGAACCUGAAACGGAAACCAGUGAUUCCGAAAAUAUCGAGCGAGUGGUCUCUUCAUUCCCUAAAACCGUUGAUAUCCUAUCUAAAUACGCGUGGACGGUGGCGCUGCGAGGGAGAGCCAGAAAAGAAAUGGUGAAAGCUCUGCAACAGAUAUUCGCUAAAGGGAGAAAACCGACGAAACUCAGAAGCGAUCCCGGAACAGAGUUUGUCAACAAAGACGUGAGAGCGCUCUUAAAGAAAGAAGGGGUAGACUAUUUCGUCACACGCAAUUUAGUUAUGGCUUCCUAUGCGGAAAGAAGCAUCAAAUCGGUUAAAGGUCGGCUAGUACGAUACAUGACGCGCCAUCAAAGGCACCGAUGGAUAAAUGUUCUAGCUGACAUGACGGAAAAUUAUAACAAAAGUUACCACCGCUCCAUAAAGAGAUCUCCGCAAAGCGUAAAACCCGAGGACUCUGCGGCCUUGUGGCAACUCCAGUAUGAGGUUCUAGCUAAGCUAAAUCGCAAGUGCAUACCUCGUAAGCCGUCGUUAAAUAAGAUAGGAGACCUGUGCGAGUGUCGAAAUGCGAAAGCAUUUCAGCGGAAUCUUGAACGUGUUAGAGACUGUUUGUCAUCAAUCAAAGAUAUAUGA